GUCGAGCGCACUUUUGAGUCCUUCAUUCAUAUCAAAAAGACAUGCCGAAAUCGAAAAGAGACAAACCAAUUUCACUUACGAAAGUUACGAAAAAAGGAUUAGAGUUUAAACAGAAGUUGAUUCACGAAAUUCAUGAAUAUGUUGACAAAUUUCAAUUUAUAUAUUUAUUACAUUUCAAAAAUUUGAGAAAUGCUCAACUUAAAGCUUUGAGAGAAGAGUGGAAACCUAGCAAAUUUUUAUUCAGUAAAAACUCAUUGAUAUAUUUUGCUCUGGGCAAAAGCCCAGAGUCAGAAUAUAAAGAUGGUCUACAUAGUGUGGGAAAGAAUUUAAAAGGGCAAUGUGGCAUGUUAUUUACAGACAAACCCCUAGAAUAUGUUGUUCAAUACUUCAAAGGUUUCGGUCACACGAAUUUUGCUCGAUACAAAGUUGAUAGCCCUAAAACUAUAACAUUACCUAAGGGCCCUUUAAAAGGCUUAACUCACGCUUCCGAAAAAUUCCUUAAAAAAUAUGGUAUGCCUGUCAUUUUGGAAAAAGAUACCAUAGCUCUGACAGAAGAUUUUACUCUUUGUAUGGAAGGCGAAAAACUAACCAUUGACCAAUCAAAAAUACUAAAAAUGCUAAAUAUGCCUAUGGCCAGCUUUAAAAUCGUACCAUAUGGUGUUUGGUCUGCAGACACUGGGGAAUAUCAAAAUAUUUAAUUCCAUUUGAUACCAAUAUUAUAUGUGAUUUAAUCAUUGAAAUGUUUUGCUCUUGUGUGAUUUAUAAAUUUAAAAAAAUAUUUAUCACUUUAAAAUUAAAAAAAGUUAUGAUUUGCAGUUUUAAUAUUAUCAGAUCAGCCAAUAUAAAAAAAUUACAUGAAGGAUUAAUCAUUCCAAAACUAUACACUAGAAAUUAGAAAAUAGUUAAAACAAUAUUUUAGCCAAAUUACGCAAAUCCCAAUUCUAUAUCUCGAGGCUUGCGUAAUAUUAUUUU